GCUGAACUGUUCUCUGAUGAAUUCUAGGUGGCUCACUGCUGUGAUCAGGUGGGGGAAGCUACAAAAGCAACUACCUUAAAUUAUCUUGAAUAAUUUUAGAUGAAAUCAUUAAAUAUGAGGAAAGCCUCAGGAGCAAAUAACAUCAUAUCCAAGAUGGGACCUAAAGUGGAUCUGAAGCCUCAAGCAGAGGCUAUAUCUCCCACACUGCCACCUGAGAACAAAGAAGUUCAGAAAGUUAAAGAUGAAUUGUUACAGAAUAUCUGUAGGAUAGACAGAGAGAUUGCUCUUAUAGAACAGCAGAUUCAGAUGAAGAAAAAAAAGAAACAGCUUCAAGAAGAAGCAGCUAGCAGGUGCAAGGAGUUCCUAGAAUCAGAAGAAGUACCAGACAUGAAACAGAGUACUGCUGAGUUCAUAUAUGCAGUAAACAGAAAAAAUGCCUCAGUAACAAAUAAUAUUCUAUCAAAGAUGGGACCUAAAGUGGAUCUGCCCCUGUAUAAACAACCAUCUGAUGCUCCUAUAUACCAUGACAACAAACGAAAUUUUGCAUUAUUUAAGCCAAGACUUAUUCUACACUUCAAGAAAAGACACCAGGCUAGAAAGAUUAAAGAAAUAUAUCUUGCACAAAGAUAUGAUCAACUCAUGCAAGCCUGGGUGAAGAAAGUUGAAAAAUGGGAAAACAGCCCAAAGAAGAAAGCAAAAGAUGCUAAAUUGAGAGAGUACUUUGAAAAGGUUUUCCCGGAACUGAAGAGAGCUAGGGAUGACAAAGAAAGAUUGAGCAGUUAUCCAGGUAAGCUGGUUAAGUGGAUCAGCAGAGAUGGUACCCGCACUGGUCUGCCUGUAUAUGCUAAGAAUGAUGCAAAUGUUGAACAGAUAAUGGACGGCACUCAUAAACAAGAGGAAGAAGAUAGGAAGAUGAGGAAUCUAGCUGUCAUACCCCCGAUGAUGGUAGGUCCUGGACAACGUAGCCUCAAGUUUGUCAACAAGAAUGGACUGAUCACAGAUUGUAUGAAGGAAUACAAGGAAAGAAAAUUCAUCAAUGUGUGGACGGCACAGGAGAAACAAAUCUUUAAGGAGAAAUAUCUACAGCACCCAAAAAACUUUGGACUUAUUGCAUCGUUCCUUGAGAAAAAGAACACCAUGGAUUGUGUGGAGUUUUACUAUAGAUCAAAGAAGAGUGAACACUAUAAACAAAAUAAGGAUGAUGAUAAUUGUUCUAUUUCAACAUGUGAGAGCGUAGCCUCGACGGUGAUAGCGCCCUCUGAUGAUGAACAGAUGCUGUUGGAUAACGAGGAGAAUCGUGACACUGACGAAAGUGGCACUGCGAGUGCUGCCAGUCCUAAACCUCUUCAUCUUGAUGAUAGAGAUAUGAGAAAAAAUCCGAAGGCAGAUUCAUCACGACCACAUGAAAGCUCACAAUAUCAAAUGCAAGGACAUGACCCGAGGGAUAUGCGUGAUGACCCGCUGGAUCUUAGAGGUCCACAGUCAGGAGCCAUGAAUCUGUCAAUGAGGCAGCCUGAAGGUUUGCCACAAGCUUCAUCCUCCUACAGUCCUAAUGGGGGUCAGCAUGUGGGUAAGUCUGUACUUCACCCACCAAACCUUAUUAACAGCACCAGUUCCAGACUGGCCAAGUCUCCAACCUCUAUUUAUCUAUCAACCCAAACAUCUGGGUCUAUCACCGACAGAACACCAGUUGAACCCUACCCUACCCAUAGCCUACCUUCAACUUCUCCCUGUGGUUCUGAUCUAGCAAAAACGGCAUCUGAUAAGGAUCUGAGUAACAUUGCAGAAUGCAUUGGCUCAAACUGGGAAAUGCUAGCACCUUUUCUUAUAGAGAGAAACUUAACAGCUUCAGUUGAACAGAUAAAAGUUGAUCAUAAACAAAUUCGACAGCGUGUGUAUUAUUUACUUAAGAAAUGGCAUACACAGACAAAUGACCCGUCAUUGGCUCAUUUAUUUCACUCAAUGUACAAAGCUAGUACCUCUGUGACAAUUGAUUGGAACGAAAUUGCUUACAAACUCAAAGUUACUAUACAGGAUAUCCAGGCAUGUAACACAGGAUACCAGCAUCUAGAACAAGAAACUGGGAAACAGCAAGCUUCAGGAGAGACAAUGGAUGUUGAGAUGUCUGAUUAUAAUGAAGAUAACUUUAAAGGAAUUCAGCAUUUUGAGCCAAUGAAAGGUGUACAAGAGUGCCGGAACAGUAAGGGACAAUUUGCUUAUGGUAUACAGCUGCAUAAGCAAGGUGUACCAGAAAUUACUCAUGAAAAUCAUGGAAGGGUUGAAGGAUUCCAAUCAAGUGUUGAUGAUAGUCAUUUAGGAAUGGAUGGUGGUCAAUCAAGUGUGGAUGGGGGACAUAUAAGAAUGGAUGUUGGUUUGUCAAGUGUGGAUACGGGUCAAUCACCUGUAUCUAGGGACCGGUCAAGUUUUGAUGGGGGUCAAAGGUCCUUUAAAAAUGCUUGUUUGUAUGAUGGUCGCUUACUUGAUCUUACACAGGAUAUAAUAGAGAAUUUAAGAAGAGAAAAUAUAGAAGAAAUCGGCAAGGGUUCAUUUGGAAAAGUAUAUAAAAGUGAAUCUAAAUCAAAGGACUUUGGGAUACAUGUUGUUGUCAAGAAAGUACCUUUAAGUGAUGGACUUUCGGCAAGAACAAUUAGAAGGGAAAUGAUAACAUCCAGAAUUUUGCACCAAUUUAUUCUUCCAUUGCUAGCUGCUGUUCAGCAACCAUUACCACAUGGGAAAAGAGAGUUUUGGUUUGUCUCGCCUCUUUGUGAAAACGGUGAUCUUUAUGAAGUUCUCAAACACGACAGGACAGUCCUCCAACAUGACAGGACAAAGCAAAUUCUGAAACUGAAUGCACAGAAAAGAGUUAAGAUUCUUCUCCAAGUUGCAGUAGCUAUCAAGUACAUCCACACUGCAGUGCCUGGUGUCCGAGCUGUAAUUUUUCACAAAGAUAUAGCCUCUAAAAAUAUUGUGUUGGAUGAUAUGUUUAAUGCCCGCCUUAUUGACUUUGGUAUGGCAAGAGAAGAGAAUGAUAUGUCAACUAUAGCUGGUGGAAGAUUGUUUUACUCACAUCCUAAUGUAGGAAAAGAAAGUGCAAACGAGAGCUGGGAUUAUUAUAGUUUUGGUGUCAUUGUGAGAGAAAUGAUUACCACAUUUGGACCAGAAGGCCAGACACCAACACACUUGAAGAACAUGACAUCUAAGGUUGUCAAAGAUAAUACAUAUAAAGAUAUAUGGGAAUAUGAUCAUCUAGAAAAUGCACAUGGAAAACUGAAUGAUAUCGCAACAGAACUGCUAAGACCGAAUAAUUGGAAGGUUCAAGGUUUCACAGAUAAUGUCAUUGAGGAGUUGAAGAAAAUAUAUACAGUCUUUGGUCAAAGCUGCAUUCUGGAUGUUUCAGAAGCUGAAAAGGGUAAUGCUUGCCAUUCCUGUAUGAUCAAUACAAAAACAAAUCAGACAUCCAUGAAUCAAAAACACAGUGAUAACUGCUCUCAGAAAAUAGAAGUGUGCAUAGCAUGUGAGAAGAAAAGUUUUCUCAACCCAAUAACAUGUUACUGUGGUACAAAAUUGACACCUACUAUUGGUCAUAGAUGGGCAGCCUUAUUAGUAGCAGGAAAAGAUACGACAGAUACAAACAGGAUUAAAAUAUCAAAGGCUCUGGUCAAAGAUGUAAAGGAAUUAGAGAAGCUGUUGACAUCUCUUGCACCUCGAGUUUUUGGGAUAAGUAAAACCAACAUUCGGACAGUUGUACCCGCUGCUCCAGACAGACUAAAUGAUGAGGAAAAAUUAUGGCCGAAAGUCAAUGAAUCCAUCUGCUACUUUAGUCAGAGAACAGAUAUAGAUACCAUGCUCAUAUAUAUUUCCUGCCAUGGAGCUCGAUCAAAUGGGUCUGGAGACAUGAAAGAUUUCCAGUUUCAACUUGGAUCAAGUCCAAAUGACAGUAUUAGUCUUUAUCAAUUUGAAAAAGAGCUAGAGCGUUUGGUAAAUAUUGAAAAACUGAUUAUAGUGUUAGAUCGGUGUUAUCCUCCAUUGGUCAGAUUAGAGAAAAGGGACAGGGUAUACAUUCAAAUGAACUCUUGCAAGCAGGAUCAGAAGGCGCAGAUGGAUAAUAAUGGAAGCCUCUUUACAAGAUUUUUUAUCAGAGGUUUAAAAGCGAAGUCAGAGGGAAAAAUAUGUUCAGAUAAUUGUCAGCCUUGUAUUGACUACUGGAAUAGAAGUAAAGAUUUUAUAACGAUUCACAAUUUAUAUGACUACAUCAAAGGUCAUUUAAAUGAUCAAACUCCAGUCUAUGAGCCUCAUUUGUAUGACCAUAGUAGUAAUAUUGCAUUCUACACAGGUGAUCGAGUGGAAAUACAAUUCAGUCAUAAAAACUCAUCUAAAAACAUACCACUAGACCAUCUUAAAGAUAUGAAAGAAUUGAAAAAGAAAUUGAAAGAAGAGUUUGGUCAAGAAACUGAUGAAGUUUGUAUACGAAGAGAUACAUUUAGGAAAGAUGGACAACUGCUCCAAAAUCAAGUUUGUGACACCAUAGACAAGGUUAUGCUUGCUUGGGUCCAAAGACAACGACUUGAUGUUACUUUUAACUCUCAACUAAAUAGCAAAUCCAGUUUUUUAAAAGUCCCUCUUUGAAAAAAGGGAAAUAUUGUUUUACAGUAGGAUGUUGGUCUGUCGAUUGGUCGUUUCGUCCCACACUGUUUUCUAUCAAUAACUUGAAAAUAAAUAAACUCUUAACCUUCAUAGGUUGAUUUAUACCAUGAGAUAUAACUUAUUGAUUAUUGAGUCAAAGGUCAAGGUCACAUUUACAUUGUAUGUCAAAACGGUUUCUAACCUGUUACUUGACAACUAAUGAGCUUUUGGCCCUAAAGCUUUCCAGUUGCAUUAUUCUUUACUACAAGGUGAUUAUUUUGAUUGUGGGACCACAGGGUUGCAUUGACAUUGUAUGUCCAAACAGUUUCCUGAUAACUGAACAAACGAUGAGCCUGGUCCCUCAAACAUUAUAGGCCAGUAGAUGGCCCCUGUUGCUUUUGGGGUUAAAACCAGUAACAGUAACUUUGUAUGCCGAAACGGAUUCCGAGGAACAUUGCAUGCAACUUCUGAUGUGCUUAUAAGCAGGGCAUGCAAUUUUACAACAUCUCUUGUUUUUGUUUGUAGUGUUUCUAUUUUGGUGUAUAUGUUGUAAAGUUGGAUUCCAACUACAACAGGUUAUGUAAUCAUUAAAUAAUAUUGUAUAAUAUUACUCAAGAAGUAAAUCAUAUAUAAUCUUCAUACAUAUUUUUCAAGAAAUAUUAAGGGUUUAAACUUUAACUUAGGUUUAAGUUUAAUCAUAUUGAAUAUGUUUUGUUUUAUAGACAUUUCAUUCUUAUCAUUCAUUAGUUUAAUGUUGAUUAUAGUUUGUAGAACUCAUUGAUGCAUUCUUUAACAGUAACGACUUUUUACAUACAAUAUAUAGAGAAAGGUUCUACUUUCACUCACACUGGCCUUUAAACUGAGUGAGUUACAAGUUACUGAUUUAGCAUUUACAUGAUUUAUAUAUAUUUGUUAAAUGUUUAGUUUGAUAUUAGUUACUAGUUUUAUGGUUACAAAUAUUUUGCAAAACUUUAUUAUUUUUAUAAUCAUGAUCAAUUGAUACUGUUGCAAAAUUUUCCAUGAAUCAUAAUCUAUUUUUAGGAUAGUUUUGUAAAGCCCUAAUGAGCUCUGAUUGGCUAAAAUUCAUUGACCAAUCAGAGCAGCUCUGCAUUUUACUGGUUCCACACAAAGUUCUGGUUCCCAGUAGUGUGCAUAAAUACAGGCACUUUAAUACAAUUUUGUCAUUCUGCUGCUAAUUUUUGGAAAAGUAACAUCUCUAAAAGCUCUCUAAGGUCAAUUAAUUAAUUAAAUAAUUUAUUUGAGCACUUUGGCAUUUAAAUGAAUCUUAGAGAUUAUCUAAAUUCACUAAAACAUUUUUGAUAAACUUGUAAGUAAUUUAAGUAAUUAUUUUGACAGAAUUAAUUAAGAUUAAUUAAUAUCUUUUCUUUGUGGCAGCCAUCUUGAAUUAUUAGAUCUUCAUUUUUGUUCAUAUAGAUUAAAACAUGGCUUGCUACUAUUCAGAUUUAUUAGUUUAACAGCACAGAAUCAUUAAGGUUAUUUUACAUAUUUUUAUUUAUAACAGUAUAAACAACUUUCAACUGGUUUAAAUCUUUCAUUCACUAGUUUAUUUUGAUUAUCAUAUUUUUGGUUAAUUACAAACAGUUUAUAUUACAGUACUUAUUGUCAACUUGUUCAGUUUAAAGUAACUUUUAGUUUAGUAUAAAUAAAAACUUAGUUCAUUAAAAAUUUGGUUGAUUUGAAUUUAUUCAAAUUAUGUUUUAUUUCCCUUUGCAUUCAAAGGGUGGUGUCAUCCUGGCGAUUAGAUUUUUCCCUAUUAAAGAGUACUCCUGAGCAAACUAAGAACAUUAGGUAAUAAGUAACUAUAUUCUAUUAAUAGAAAACAUAAGGCUUUUAAUUUUCAACACCACAGCACUGGUGCCAAGUGGGAUAGAGGUCUACUCCUAGUUUUAGAAACACUUAUUAACAUAUUUUUUCAUCACCACAACAAUGGUGUCAGAAUCGGGAUUGUUUUGAAAAUAAGUAAAUUUUCUCAACUCAAGAGUACAUUAUUUUUAUAGGUAAAUUUUUGAUAGUUUUGAAAAUAAGUAAAUUUUCUCAACUCAGGAAUACAGUAUUUUUAAAGUAAAUUUUUGCAUGGAUAGUUUUGAAAAUAAGAAAAUUUUCUCUACUCAGGAGUACAGUAUUUUUUAAGUAAAUUUUUGCAUUGAUAGUUUUGAAAAUAAGUAAAUUUUAUCAACUUAGGAGUACAUUAUUUUUAAUAGGUAAUAUUUUGUAUUUUUGAAAAUAAGGAUUUUUGUCAAAGUAAAUUUUUGAAUACAAAGUCAAAUAAUAGCAAUAAAGUAAAGUCAAUAAUUAUCAGUAAGGUAGGACGGUAAAUACAUUGACAUCCUUCCGGCUAUACAGUAAAGGCAGUCCGGCAAGCUGGAUGUUAUAUGGGGUAAUCGUUCUAUUUGUAAUACAAUAAUAGGAGAUUAUAUAUUUCUUGCUAUACUGUUCUGGCAUCUAGAAGCACAAGCGUGUCACAUAUGAUCCUAGAGUUGUAAAGUUCUUUUCUAUCUUCCAGCCAGGCCUAUUUUACCUCUUUAAUUUCAUAUAAAGGCCAAUUCCCUAAGAUUCCCCUACCCAGAAAUAUAAAUCACAAGUACAGAGAUCAAUAGCAACCAAAGUUAUUGAUUUAUGAAGUACAUAGUCAUAGAAAAACUAAUUUUAACUUUAUUUUAAGCGUCCGACAGUGCCUAUUUCACAAACACACAUUUUAGGCGAUAUGGUGUGUAUAAUCAGAAAAACUUAUGGUCUGUAUUUUAAUAUUUAUUCUAAAAUUUUCAUUUUAAAAGGCACUUAAAUUGGCAAACCACUUUUUGUCCGUACAUUGCCUCCGAAAUAAAAGAAUAUCAGAAUUUGUCUACAUAUUGGCUCCGAAAUAAAAGAAUAUCAAAAUAUGUCUGCAUAUUGGCUUCUAAAUGAUAAGAAAAAAGACCUUCAUAUUGUCAAACCUCGUCAAAUAGUCACAGAAAGCGUAAUGUCAAACAUGACCAGCUGCUAACACUCAAACACAACACUGAAAUCGAACUGCUAUCCAGAACACUACAAACCAAUAUUGGCAUCAACACGUCAGAAGAAGAUGUUUACUUCUACGAUUGUUAUCCUCCACUACAAUUCGCAACUUCAUACCAGAGAUACAACUACUACCGUGAUGACCAUUAUGCAACAUUCAGACAACAGCCGCCACCUUCUUCACAUCACAAUGACACAGUCAGAGAAGUCCUCCAUCUUCGAGAACAAGUCAAAUUGUUAGAAAAACGACUACAAAAACUCCAAUCACAAAGCAGAACCAGAGAAAAUGACUAUCCACGUUUUUCUUCACCAGUCAACACAUCCAAAUUAAACAGAUUGGCUUUAUGUCAUAUGCCAAGUAGACAUUCGCAGGACCAACAUCAAGAAGUAUACACCAGAAGACAUCAAAACUACUGGCGAGAACCUGAAGACAUAUACCACCAUCAAUCAAGGCGCAUAAAUUCAAACAAAUUUAUAACAGAAGAAGAGUUUUUACAAUUCGCAGAUGAAUUCAAGCAAUCACUGAUGAAAGACAUAUCCAAAUGGGGUGAUGACAACUACCAAGAUAAUCACCAGCAUAACACAAAUUGCUCUGCAAAUAAUCAAGAAGACUGCAGCCUCACUUCCAGAAGUCAGACUUAUCUAGAACCUGACAACAAAGUCAUAGAAGACAACCGACUACAGAAUCAUUUAAACUUCAAGGGACUGAUUCGGCAGACCAAGAGUCAGUCCACACAGUAAAUAAAAACUACAACAAAAUGGCCGAAGACGAACCAGAAGACAGACCACCAACGGCAUCGAGCAGAGUAAAAGAAGUGAUGUUCAUCGAUUACAUACCUAUUCAAAAGACAAAUACUAACAAUAAAGUUGGAACCAAGGACAGAGUAUUCAGUCACAAUAUUCCCUUCACUUCAACAAAAGAUCAAAGACCGAUGCCAAUGAAAACCAAACGACAACCCUUUAAUCCUGAAGAAAUUACAGAUAACGAAAUAACGGAUGAAAACAGCAGACCAAAUGUUGCAAUCUUCGAUUGGACAGUCUGCAUGGCUACUGUUUACGAUAACCUUUCAAUAGUCAUAAAUGAUAAAAUACCAAUAGGCAAUAACGAUGACGCCAAUACCAUUACCAGACCACAAGAAGUUGACAAAACAAAACCCGGCGAAGACCAUACACCACAAGAAGAUGCCAAAUACCAAUAAGAUGACCAAUACCACAGACCAGAUGCUUGCGUGUAUCCGAGACAAGAGAAGAAAUCGGUAACUAUUCAAAUCGCGACUGCGUUAAACUGAGCAAACCCGAGUUUGUUCAAAGACUGACAAAUAUUAUUCAAAACAAGUAUAAAAACAUUUAGGGUUAUAGAAAAGAUGCCACUUUUUAUUAAGUUUCCUUUUUCAAUUCAUUUUAAAUUGAUAAGACAGUAAUUUAAGUUAAGUUUAACUGCCAUACCGUACCAUGCUGUUUUUUUAUGUUGAGAAAAAGACUUUUGUAUACAUAUAAGAUAUUGAUAUGUUCAGUUGGAUUUUUGUUACCAUAAUUGAUAUUGUAUGAUUAUUUGUUAACUUUUGUUAAGUACAAGUUUUUCUGUUUGAGUUUUAUAAGGCUGCUUUAGGUGUCUUAGUGAAUGUUUUUUGUGCUCGUUACAUAGAAUUUAAGUUUCUAUGGGCUUAAUGUUUUGAAACAUCAAAUUUUUGAGUUUUAGAGAUUUUCUAUAGGAUUUAAGAUCUAUAGGCGUCUGGUGAUAUGUUUCACAGACAUUUCUUUGUUCACUUAAGUAAUGAUCCUAAAGUAAGCGUUUGUUUACCAUAUAUGUGCAUAGCUCCAUCGCAGCUAGGUCUAACAUAUAUGCUUUUUGUGUUUUUACAGUGGUGUGAAACUUUGAUUUACUUAAGAGUUAAUAUGUAUUUUUACAUGUCAUUAGACUAACGAGGUUUAAGUUGGAUAUCAUAUAUUUUUGUUGUUAAGAGAUAUCUGUUUUACAUAUGGUAUAAUUGUUAACCAUUUUGAUGCUACUUUAUUAAUGAUACAGUAUUGUUAAUCAUCUGUCUUAGCUAUAUUUCUUAUGAUUGUAUAUUAACAUGGUGGUGUAACUGAUUCUUUAUGAAAACUUUUGGCAGAAUACAAAUUUAAAGUUAAAAUCUAUUAUUGAUUCUAUUAAAAGGUGAUGUUCUUUUCUAGAAAGUGUUCCGUAUAAAAAUAAAAAGUGAUAAAGAAAACUAACAUAAAGUAAUAUAUGAAUAGUGAUGAAGAAAAGUGUAAAGUGUUGAUAAAAGUAAAAUGAAUAACGCACAAUGUUAAAAAAAUCCAUAGAUCGUGCAUCUGAGUAAAUAUAAUUAAACACGCAUCUGAGAAACAAAUACCAAAUCGUGCAUCUGAGAGACAAAAUAAUGAUAUCGCGCAACAUUUAAAUAAUCAUAGUGCAAAUACAUUGGGUGCAAUGAACAUUUAAGGUGGUUGUGCCAUCAUGAACUUCAUAUCUUUUAUCGCGCUUAAAUAUCAUAUCCCACAAUAGUGAAAAAAGAUUUAUAUAUAUUUGUAAAUAUGUUUAGUUUGAUAUUAGUAACGAGUUUUAUGGUUACAAAUAUUUUGCAAAACUUUAUUAUUUUUAUAAUCAUGGUCAAUUGAUAAUGUUGCAAAAUUUUCCAUGAAUCAUAAUCUAUUGUAGGAUAGUUUUGUAAAGCCCUAAUGAGCUCUAAUUGGCUAAAUUCAUUGACCAAUCAGAGCAGGACUGCAUUUUACUGGUUCCACACAAAGUUCUGGUUCCCAGUAGUGUGCAUAAAUACAGGCACUUUUACACAAUUUUGUCAUUCUGCUGCUAAUUUUUGGAAAAGUAACAUCUCUAAAAGCUCUCUAAGGUCAAUGAUUCAAUUAAAUAAUUUAUUUUGGGCACUUUGGCAUUUAAAUGAACCUUAGAGAUUAUCUAAAUUAUCUAAAACAUUUUGAUAAACUUGUAAGUAAUUUAAGUAAUUAUUUUUGACAGAAUUAAUUAAGAUUAAAUAAUAUCUUUUCUUUGUUUUAGUGGCAGCCAUCUUGAAUUAUUAGAUCUUCAUUUUUGUUCAUAUAGAUUAAAACAUGGCUUGCUACUAUUCAGAUUUAUUAGUUUAACAGCACAGAAUCAUUAAGGUUAUUUUUCAUAUUUUUAUUUAUAACAGUAUAAACAACUUUCAUCUGGUUUAAAUCUUUCAUUCACUAGUUUAUUUUGAUUAUCAUAUUUAUGGUUAAUUACAAACAGUUUAUAUAACAGUACUUAUUGUCAACUUGUUCAGUUUUAAGUAACUUUUAGAUUAGUAUAAAUAGAAACUUAGUUCAUUAAAAAUUUGGUUGAUUUGAAUUUAUUCAAAUUAUGUUUUAUUUCCCUUUGCAUUCAAAGGGUGGUGUCAUCCUGACGAUUAGAUUUUUCCCUAUUAAAGAGUACUCCUCAGCAAACUUAGAACAUUAUGUAAUAAGUAACUACAUUCUAUUAAUAGAAAACAUAAGGCUUUUAAUUUUCAACACCACAGCACUGGUGCCAAGUUGGAUAGAGGCUUACUUCUAUUUUUAGAAACACUUAUUAACAUAUUUUUUCAUCCCCACAACAUAUAUCUAAAGAGAUUUAAUUUGCUUAUAGAAACAAUGAUUGAAACGAAUCUUGAUCUGUUCCAUAUAAUCAUAUGUGCUUGAAAGAAUUAUAUUGACUCAGAGUCAUCCACACGUCAGAUGAAUGUUUCGAGUGGGGGAAUAUAGGAUUCAUUUUGUCUACCGGUUGGUCGGUCGGUCCACUUCAUGGUUACCAAACGAUAACAAGGGUUUGGAAUGUGGUAUUGUAAUCAAACUUGGUAUAUAAAAACCUUAUGUAGAUACCUCUGUGAGUACUGCAUUCGGAUCCUUUGGGUCGAGAUCAAAAUCACCGUUACUAAAAAUAGUAAAAUCGUUUCCGGACAAUAACUAGAGUAAAUAAUAAAAUUUUGUAAUCAAACUUAGUGUAUAGUAAGUUGAUCUGAAGACCCCGGUUGGUAUUGCAUUUGGACACCCUGGGGUCAAGGUCAUUAUCACUAGCUGUUACUUAAAAUAGAAAAAAAAUGGACAAAAACUAGAGUACGAAAGAAGCCAUUGUAUCAAACUUGGUGUAAAGCAAACUUAUGUUAAUACCCUAAUUGGAUUUGCAUUUGGAUCCCUGGGGAUAUAGUCAAUGUCACCGUCACUAAAAAUAGAAAAAUGGUUUUCAUUUAGGUAUGAAAUACUGUUUUUAAACUAACUGUACAGCAUGAUUAUAUUAAGAUCCUGGUUUGGAUUACAAUUUAUUGCAGUAGUUCUUUGUUCACAGUUGAUACCUUAUUUACAAUAGGUUGAGUUAGAACAGUCAUUUCUUUAGACUACGUCUUUAAUUUUUCAAAAAGUCAAAGUUGCUGGUGGGGUUACACCUACAGAGAUAGUACUAGUGUAACUUAAGAGUUAGCCUAAUUAAUUCGGCGUGAACGUUUUGACCCAUUUACAGACUUUUUUUCUUACUGUCAAACCGUUACGCCUAAUUUUAACUGUCAUUUUACGCACGGAAAAUCUACCGGCAACACUAUCAAUAGUUUGGACUGAUUUUUACUGCUUAAACAUGAAAGUAACUUCAAUGUCCCCUAAAAAUCAAUAGAAUAUAAAUUCUUUUAACUCACUUCUCCUAGAAAAAAUAUUAGAUUGCACCUGUCUUAACGCAUACAUGCGAUUUAUUUCAAAUUUGUACAGUCUACCUAUCUUUAGCGGUAGUACCUACCAGUGUGACUAGCCGGUAAGUGUGGAUAACGCAGGAAGAUUAACUUUCAAAAAAUAUAGGGGAAAUAAAUAUAUUCAUUAUUUUGUAAUAAAUUAGUUAAUUAUUAAAUACUAAUGAAAAAAUACCAAUGUGUUUAACAUAAAAUGCAAUGGUAGUCAAUAGGCUCCUUACAAGUACUGUUGUUUAAUUUUUUUUUAAUGUUUUAAUACAUGUGCUCAACAUUUAUCAAUAGGUGGUUUGCCUUUUUGUUAACUGCUAAUGACUGCCAAUGUCACUCUAGCAUACAAUACUGACUUCAUUUAUACAUUUAUAUGACAAUUAAGAACGUAAAAGAAAUAUUGAUGGGAACUUUUUGAAUGCACAUCAAAUUAUUCAGUAUUUGUACAAAUAAUAUUUCAAGAGUUCUUUUUCACAGAUUGCCGAUAAAUAAUACCAUAUUAAACCUACUGAUGAAGAUUAAUGUCUUCUUGACAUACUUUAUUAAUUUACUAAAAAGGAACUUUAUUGUGAUCCAGCCAUAUGCUGUGUAACUAUAAGGGAAGGGUCACAUAUUUUAAUUGAAAUAGAUUUUAAAUAGAGGAUAUUAAAAAAAAAUGUCAUUGAGAAGAUAAGAAUUUUCAAAUGAACAGAUUAAGAGACUUGUACAUGUUUAAGGUGUAUGUCUUGUUGUUUUAUACUGUUUUGGUGACACUUUUGUUUGUGUCCCUUGUUUUCUCGUCUAUGGUAAGUGUCUUCCCUUUGCCCCUAGUUUUAUUUCUUUAUUUCGCCCCCUCCCCCUUUCUUGAAUUUCCUAUCCCCUUCCCAUUUGCUCGUUUAGUUUACUUAGAGGCCCUAUUAAUCAUUCAUUUGUUUAUUUUCUUUGAUUUUGAUUUCCUUGUCAGUUACCAUUAUUUCUUCAUAUGUAUCAUUUUAGUAAAAAGCCUGACCGUGCUCUCCCUUGCGCCCUGUCUUGUUUUUGUUUAGGAUCCUCCUGGGCUCCUUGCCAAUGGUUCUUGUUCGUGGGUCGUGUUGGGGUUGCAUUCAUUGAACGUCACCCUUCCUUGUUCAUCUUGUUUAACAUGUUUUAUACAUGUAUACCGAACCGUAUCAAACACAUAAUGAUUAUUAUUACAAGGUUCGGCAAGCAAGCAAAGAAAUGUAAAGAGUAUAGAAAAAAAACUUAUCCCACCAUCUCCCCGUCUUAAACCCCCACAAAAAACGCCUUAAACUGCAAAACCGAAACAUAAUUACACAUAAGUGCCAAAGACGGCUCUGGUAGGUGCAAAUGCUCCAUUGCGUCGGUUUAAACAUCACUUAAACAUAAUAAUGUUGAAAUUUUGAAUCAACACCCACAGAUGUGUACAAAAUACGGAGGUAAUCAUGGAACUUUCAAUGUGACACAUUCGAGAUGCCGUUCAAUGAAAAGCUGGCACUAGAUAACAUGGAAUUUUGUGACAGUCGUUCUAACAGACGACUACAGUAAUUUAAACAGACUAUCUGUCUUACAUUGUUAUGUUAUUCUACGUCUAAAUUACGGUUACUUAAUUCCCACUUGCUGCGUUUUUAUCAUAAACCCCGUCAUAUCUGUGUGACAAUUGCAUUUUACUGAGAGCUGUAAUUUCUUUAAAUAACAAGAAUAAAGAUCAACAAGGCAAAGGCAACGUUCACAGGCCGCCGCCCCUGGACACACCCAAGCAGGACAGCCAGAAGGCACCAAACAAGUAUCUGGAGUGAACACAAGGGCGAAAGGAGUGGGACAUGUAAUGUGAAAUAAUAUAAACAAAAACAGGCCCACAAGGGAAUUAAAGGGAAAAUGGCUGUACAUGUGAAAAGGUGGGGGGGGGGUAAAAAUGGAAGGGGGGAGAGAAAAUAUCUUCCAACAAGACAGACAUCACAAAACAUGUAAACAUCCAAAAACAAGUAACAAUACAGACAAGAAAAACACGUUGAGGAACACAAAGGGGUACCGCCUUGGAAUGGUCAGUGGUAGUUAAACCACAGGGAAGUUUAAACCGGUUUUAGGCGCGCCAAACCUCACUCUUAGCCCCAAUAUGUUCCUGAAUGACAUGAAAAUGUAUAUAAUAUUAAUCCCCGCCAAGUGAAAUUCUAACAAUGGCCAUGGUUACAUUAGACGAAAUAAAUAAAACACAUACAAAAUUAUGUAAAUAUGUAGAAAAAGUAACUGCCUAAUGACCAUUACCAAAGUACUCGAUACCUUAAAGGCAGGCAGAGCAACAAGAAAAUCACCUACAAGGGCCCAACGAAGCAAGGCAGAAGACGAACAUUAAGACAAUUCAGUCCCCAAAGGGUUUUAAGAACUGUCCAUCAUAGAGUCUCCCACUUGGUCCGUCAGAUGUAAUCAAAAGAGGAAAGCGUAGCGUCCAACUGUAAAAGGGUUGAAAACCAAGCAUGCGGUAUGCCUUAAAAUAACUUGAGAAAAGACCAGUCUGAAAUUUCAUUUUAUAGUGUGAAAUUUUAAGGGUUUUUUUCAAAUGUUUUAAGUUAUUUUUGGUUGCUUUGAACUUCUUCUCCUACGCAACUGUCCUCAAUAUUGUUUUUAAGACAAUAAACUAGAAAUUGAUAUGGAGUCAGUGUAAUACAAAUUGAAAUUCUUCUUUGCUUCAUCAUAUAUAGACUAUUUAUAAUAUAAUUCAUUUAGAUGUACCUACAAUUACAUUGUAUUUUCGUAUGUGGGGAAUCAAAGGCAGUUCAGAAAUUUCACCUAAUGAUCACAUAUGUUUAAAAACCCUACUGUAUAAUUUCUAAUUUGACAAUUUUAUUUAAACAGACUUAAAUGCAGUAUGAUCUGACGUCGGACAUCAUAAACUAUUUAAUUUCUAAGUAAGGUUAUCAGAAUUUCAUUUUUACAUUUUAUUUUUAAUGUUGAAAUAUUCGUGUGUGAAUAUAAGAGUUAUUCCUGCAAUAAUUCACACCAAUAACAUUGUAUUAUAAGGCUUGCUUAUACAAUCGAUUGCCACCGAUACCUGUGUUACACCAUGAAAUGUCACAAUUUUUCCAUGACACCGCUUCCAAUAUGGCCGCUUUCAAUAAUUUUCAACGAUUUAAAAAAAUAAAGUGGAAUAUUUAGACUUCUGUUUGACUUUGAAGUAUGAUAAUAUGGAACCUUAAAUAAAAAACGGUCCUCUUUCAGAUAAUUUAGGCUGUUUCUUAAAAACUUUUCUAGUUUUCGCUUCCAACAACUUCUAGUGCAUAAAAAUGCAGUUCGUGGUUGGACUUGGAAAAAAGACAGCGCCCUUCCAAAAUUAUCUCGGUGUCUCUUUGACAAGUCUAAUUAGACGGACUACUUAAGAGUGAUACCUUUAGGUAAAUGAAACAAGAAAAACAUCAAAUAAUAAAAUAAUGAAGGUGGAACAAUAAUUCAUACCGCACCAGCUUUAAUUGUAUUCAGCCAAUAUUGGAGACAGUUUAAUUUAACAAAGUAAUGGAAAACAAUAUAACACUUAGAUAAAGAAUUGGCAAUUUGAAAAAGUGAGAUCCCCGAAGAACAAUAGCAAAUAAAUAUUAAUCUUUCAAACUUGGUUUAAAGGAGCCGGUUCAAACUGUCAUUUUGCUCGCUGUAGUUGAAGAUUUGUAUGUAGCAUGUACAUGUGUAUUUUGUAUAUUAUAUCUUUAAUUUUUAUUAUAUUAAAACCUGUUUAGAAAAUUAAAGUUAACCUUUGAAUAUUGUCAAUUUUUAAUUUGCUAGAAAUUUAAUUCCAUGCAGAACCGAAAGAAGAAAAACUUAACAAAUCUUCUUUUAAAGACCCAAAGAGCAAGAAUUUGAAACAUCUUCUAGUGAGUGUCUUCCUAUUUUGUUCGGAUAAAA